CUAGGGAAGAUAAACAGGAAGCACAAAGAGGAAGUUGUUGUCAAGUGUCAGUUCCGCUGCCAGCGUCAAACAUUUCAAACAGUAUGUGUUCUCUUCUCCCUUCAGAGCCGCAGACGUUUAAACAAUAACUCUGGAGGAAGCCGUCGCUCUGCUGGAACUCUAUUUAGUUGUGAUGAUCAUUUCAUUUUCCUGGGCUAUUUAUUUUAUAUUCGUCUCGAAGCCGUUGUUUGGGAAGAAUUAGCUAACGUUAGCAAUGGGUCGAUGACACAGACCGCAGCUCGAGAGUUUCACUGAACACCGCCCGGCUUCUCGCACUUUGUGUGUGGUGGGGGGGGGGGGGGGCAAAGAUGGAUUUCUCCAGAUUCCUGGACGAUGACUUCGACGUGAAGGACUGGGUGAACGGCGCCUUCACGGUGGUGCAGAAGGACGCGCCGGGGAAGGCGGACUCGCACGCAGCCACGCUGGUGAUGAAGCUCCAGCUGUUCAUCCAGGAAGUCAACAAUUCCAUCGAGGAGAGCAGUAAUCAGGCCCUCCAAAAUAUGCCCCGAGUGCUACGAGACGUGGAGGCUUUGAAGCAGGAGGCGUCUUUCCUCAAGGAGCAAAUGGUUCUGGUCAAAGAAGACAUCAAGAAGUUUGAGCAGGACACUGUGCAGUCUAUGCAGGUCCUGGUGGAGAUAGAUCAAGUGAAGGGCCGCAUGCAGCUGGCAGCUGAAGCUCUGCAGGAGGCGGACAAGUGGAGCACACUGAGUGCAGACAUUGAGGAGACCUUCAAAACACAGGACUUUGCAGUCAUUUCCUCCAAGCUGACCAGCAUGCAGACCAGCCUGGCCAUGUUGGUGGACACACCGGACUACUCCGAGAAGUGUGUCCACCUGGAGGCUCUGAAAAACCGACUGGAGGCUCUGGCCAGCCCGCAAAUAGUAGCGACCUUUAAUUCCAUGUCUAUGGACCAAGCCAAGCUGUUUGUUAAAGUCUUCACAGAGAUCGAUAGAAUGCCACAGCUGCUUGCCUACUACUAUAAGUGUCACAAGGGCCAGUUGGUGAGCAUGUGGCAGGACCUCUCUCAGAGUGAGCUCAGUCUCAACCAGCAGCUGUCCGAGUUCUACGACACGCUGCUCUCCUCCUGGCACUCUCAACUCCAGUGGAGCAGCCAGGUGUUCAAGAACCCGUAUGAGGUGGUGACGGUGUUGCUGAUCCAAACCCUGGGGGCUAUGGUCCCCUCCAUCCCCGUGUGCCUGAGCUCGGCCGUGGAGCGGGCGGCCCAGGAGCAGCGCCUGGACACGCUGCUCGAGCUGCAUCACACCGCGUCCGCCUUCGGACAGAGCCUGGAGGCCGCCAUGGCGCCGCACCUGGGUGAGAACAACCUGCUGAAGGUGAAUGAGCUGGUGUGUGCGCUCUAUGACCCCUACAAACCGUACCAACUACUGUAUGGAGAUCUGGAGGAGCGGCACCUCCUCAUCCAGAUCAGUGCUGUGCCUUUGGAACACGGGGAGGUUAUCGAUUGCGUGGAAGAGUUGAGCCACUCUGUCGGCAAGUUGUUCGGGCUGGCCGGCGCCGCUGUGGACCGCUGCGUCAAACUGACUGACGGACUGGCCGUGUGUGGCCUCCUCAAGGCCCUCAAGGCUCUUUUCACCAAGUACGUGUCGGACUUCUCCACGACGCUGCAGUCAAUCAGAAAGAAGUGCAAGCUGGAGGAGGCGCCAAGUGCGUCGGCCUUCCAGGAGGACUGGACAGCCUUUCAGAACUCUGUCAGGAUUAUCGCCACUUGUGGAGAGCUGCUCAGACAAUGCGGAGCGUUUGAGCAGCAGCUGUCAAACAAGAUCCUGGGCACGGCCGGUAAGUACUUGUCAGAGUCGUAUAGCCCGCGCAGCCUCGCAGGCAUCCAGGAAGCCAGCGCUACGGAGAGGAAGAGCACCACCAGGAACCCCUGGCAGGAGUACAACUACCUUCAGAGGGGGAAUAUGACCGAGUACAACAGCCUGAUGGAAGUCCUCUACUCCCUAAAGGAGAAGGGCACGGGUAACUCCAGCCUGUUAACGGAGCCCCGAGCAGCUCUGGCCAGGCUCAAUCAGCAGGCCAACCAGCUGGCCUUCGACUCCGUCUUCCUGCAAAUCAAGCACCAGCUCUGCCUCGUCUCCAAGAUGGAGAGGCAAGAGGCGCCUGGCCUGGGAGAGAGCUACACGGACGACCUGCCUACUUUCAGCCUGUCGCCGCAGGAAUACAUCACAAACAUAGGGCAGUACCUCAUGUCUCUGCCUCUCCACUUGGAGCCAUUUGUGACCCAGGAGGACCCGGCGCUGGAGAUGGCCCUCCACGCGGGGAAGCUGCCUUUCCCCCCAGAGCAAGGCGACGACCUCCCCGAGCUGGACAACACUGCGGACUAUUGGCUGGGCUCCAUCGCCCGGGCCACCAUGCAGACGUACUGUGACGCCAUCCUGCUCAUUCCCCAACUGAGCGCUCGCUCCACCAAGCAGCUGGCCACCGACAUCGACUAUCUGAGCAACGUGAUGGACGCUCUGGGCCUGCAGCCGACCCGCAGCCUGCAGCACAUCGCCGCGCUGCUCCGGGCCAAGCCGGAGGACUACAGGCAGGCCGCCAAGCUGCUGCCCCGCCGGCUGGCCGCCACCGUCGCCGCCGUCCGCUGCAUCGACUACUAACGCCGGGGGGGGGGGAAGAGGAGGAUGGAUGGAUGGAUGAACCGGGAGUGUCGCAGGCAUGUUUGGAAGAGAAGAGCAAUGUUUGUCAGUAGCAGCAGGUAAACGUGUUUUGCGGUCCCUUAGAUCUUAUAUUUGUGGGGGGAGGGGGCCAAUUUUAGUUUUUUUUUUUUUUUUUUUUUCAAACAAGUAUGGCAUUUAUGGUAAUGUGGGAUGUUUUUUUUAAUACUGAUUAUUGUUCUACUCUGGGUGACUGAAUGAUCAAUGCGACGACGCCGAAAUGGGAAAGUGUCUUCACGUCUUAUUUGUUUUAAAUUGUGGAAGCAUCAUUGGCAAAAUGAAUACAUCGGAGUGUGUGUGAGAGCAUUUGAAAUCCUACUGAUAGUAGAUACCAUCUCCCAGUUGACAUCAAAAUUGAAAGUGAGCUCUCUCUCUCUGUGCAGUAUCUUUAAAGUCUGCACAUACAACAUUUACAUCAACACUACAUUGGUGACUUGUGGUAAUCCCUAAAACACAUUUGAUGAAAUUACUUUUUAUCACCUGGAAGAGGGUUGAAUGUGUUUUAAUGUAAUCUAUUUAGUUUAAUAAAUGGAUGUUCUUCUCUGUUAA